AUGAAAAAUAUAUGUGAUAUAUGUGAUUCUCAACUUACAGAGACUGAAAAUGAGGAAACUUCCUCUCUUUUAAAAUUAAAAAACCGUGGAAUGUUAUUAAAUGCAUCAAAAAGUGUAAGAAAUAUAUGUAUAACUGCAGAAUAUAUUUUUAGAAUGGAACACGGUAAUAUUUUAACUAAUAAAACUAUUUUGAACAAAAUAUGUAUGAAAACCAUGAACGAGAUUGGGCAAGAUUCAUCAAUUUUCAAUUCUGACACAAUGAUAGAUCAUAUUAAAAAUCAAGACAUUUUUGAUAACCAUAGAAAUCAAUUAAUGAAGCUAAUUAAAGAGUACUAUACAAGAUUACGAUUACAUCACUUUAGUAGGAUGCAUACAUUAAACAUUGAAGGAAAUAACAUCAGAAGAAAAUUUCAAAAUUAA